AUGACAGACGACCUCCACUAUCCCAACCUCACGGCCUGCCAGGUGACCAUGUCCAGUUCCACCUUGGGCACUAAACCACCCGUCAAACUACCGCAUGAUUGCACCAUGGAAUCGUUGAGACACAUUGUCAUUCCAUCACCGUACGAUUUUGCUCUAGAAAAGGCCGUUAUGGCCAAAAAGAAGGAACAAGAUUCCGAAAAUCAACUCCAAAAGGCAUCCAGUCGGGAAGAAUUGCAAAAGGCUGUCGUCGUCAAAAUGAAGGCCGUCACCAAUGCCGAUGAAGACGUCUGUAUAGCACUCCUAGAAGAUUUUCAAUACGAUCUCAAACCAGCCGUGGAAGCAUUCUUUGCCAGUUCAUAA